AUGAUUGCCUUUUUGCUAUUCCUCUUCGGUACGGCUGUCGCGACAAACAGCAAACCACUGGCCACCGACUUUGGUAAACAGGAUGCAAUCCCCAAUUGGGACAUCCAGCAAGUGAACAAAGUUGCUGGAAACAUCAAAUCACUUUCUUUGCCCAAUGUCGACACUUCUUCCUGGCACCAUGCACCUGUAUCUAGGUGUACACUUAUGGCCUGUCUCCUGGCCGAAGGCACCUACAAAUUAGACGGUCGCGAUGGUCUCUGGUACUCUGACAAUCUCGCCCACUUCGAUGACAGUCUCUUCCAUGUUCCGUGGGUAUAUCGCAAUCAAUUCGACUUGGCGACGAAAGACAAAUCAGGCGAUGUGCAUUACUUUUUACAGACCAACGGAAUCACCCCCGCUGCAGACUUGUACCUCAAUGGCAAGCAAAUCGCCGACAAUGUCACGCAAUCCGGUUCUUAUGGCGGUCAUACAUACGACAUUACACCUCUUGUUGACAAGAAAAAUGCACUUGUAAUCAAGGUCUAUCCUACGGAUUAUCAAUAUGACUUUGCUGUCGGAUUCGUCGAUUGGAAUCCUUAUCCACCUGAUAAUGGCACGGGAGUAUGGAGAGACAUCACUAUCAAGAAGACGGGCAAUGUCUUUAUGGGUCUUGUGAGCGUACUUGUGGAUAUGGAUACGCCGGUCAAGAAGAUUCGAAACCAUCACGCAAUCAUCACUGUCAAAUCUCAGGCUCGCAAUUUGAAGAAGAGUCCAGUCAAAUUUGUUGCUAAAGCCAACAUCAACUCUCCGAACGGAAAGACCCUCACGGUACUCAAGAAGACUCUUACUCUCAGAGCAGGGGAAUCUACCAUGGUUGAGCUUUCUACAAAAGUCCAAAACCCAGAGAUUUGGUGGCCUGCUGCUUGGGGGAAACAGCCUUUAUACUCUGCCCAACUGACCUACUCCAUCGGACACGACACCUCGGAUGCAAGCCCUGUCACCAAUUUUGGCAUCCGGACCGUCACUUCCGAGCUCAACUCACAUAACGACACCAUGUUUAGCGUGAAUGGCUACCCUAUCCAGAUCACAGGCGGUGGCUAUACCUCGGACAUGUUCUUACGUUGGGACCCGCGCCGCUUUGAGGAUAUUGCACGCUAUACUCUGGAUAUGGGCAUGAACACUAUCCGACUUGAGGGAAAGAUGGAACAGCCUGAGCUCUACGAUAUUGCCGACAAACUUGGUGUUCUGCUUAUGGCAGGCUGGGAGUGUUGUGAUCGGUGGGAAAGUUGGCCCUACAAUCACGACUUAUCCAUGGACCCUCCUCCUCUGUGGUACGACGAUGACUACAAGACCGUCAACGCUUCAAUGAGACAUGAAGCGGCCAUGAUGCAACACCACCCGAGUGUCAUUGCCUUUCUAGUUGGGAGUGAUUACUGGCCUGAUGACCGGGCCACCAAGAUCUACCUAGAUGGCUUGCACGACGCGGGAUGGCAAGUUCCCAUCAUAGCCUCGGCUGCAAAGCGUGGUUACCCAAAGGCCCUUGGGCCAUCUGGGAUGAAGAUGGAAGGACCUUAUGACUGGGUUCCACCGGUCUAUUGGUCUGACAGUGAACCGACAGACGAGAGAUACGGAUCAUCGUUUGGAUUCGGAUCAGAGCUGGGUGCUGGCGUUGGGACACCUACCAAGGGAAGUCUAGGCAAAUUCCUGACGAACAAGGACAUGGAGGAUUUGUGGAGGAAGCCGAAUAAGGGCCUCUACCACAUGUCGCAAGACACGUCCCAGUUCCACGAUCGGUCCAUCUACAACAAGGCACUGUUUAAGCGAUACGGCAAACCUACAUCUCUGGAUAACUACCUUACCAGUGCUCAAAUGAUGGACUAUGAGGCAAUUCGCUCCGAGUUUGAAGGCUACGGUAGUCAAUGGAGCGCGUCUCGCCCAGCCACCGGUAUCAUCUACUGGAUGUUGAACAAUGCCUGGCCAAGUCUUCACUGGAAUCAAUUCGACUAUUCUCUUCACCCCGCUGGAACUUAUUUUGGUACCAAGAUUGCCAGUCGUGUCGAACACGUAACGUUUGACUACUUCAACAACUUUAUCUGGGUGAUCAACCGCUCGCUCAAAAAGUCUGGUCCGCGAUCAGUUCACAUAAAAUUGGUGGAUUUGAAGGGAAAAGAGAUGGCUCGACAGACUAUGCGUCUAUCCACAAAGCCAAACAAGUCUCAAAAUGUUGGCGACAUUAGCAGCGCGAUCAAGAAAAUUGAAGAUGUCGGCGUUCUUCGCCUGACCUUGGUGGAUGAUGACAGCGACGCGGUACUCAGUCGCAACGCGUACUGGCUAUCGAAACAAAAAGACGUAGUCAACUGGACAUCUACGACGUGGUACUACUCUGACGUCAAACAGUACGCCGACUUCACUGCAUUGAACAAGAUGGAUCAAGCAACCAUUGCUCUUACACACUCUGCCGGUAAAACUGCUGGAAAGUGGAACAUUCGAGUGAAGAACACUAGCCCAGUCCCAGCGGUAUUCGUCCAGCUCAACCUUGUGGAUAAAAAGGGUAACGAUGUGGUUCCAUUGACCUGGUCAGACAACUAUUUUACUUUACUUCCCUUAGAGGAGAUUGAAGUUGAAGUUGUGGACCGGUCGGCCAAAGGCGCCGUGGUGGAAAUGAGCGGGAAGAAUGUUAAGGCAUCUCGGACUCGACUUCACUAA